GUAUAAUGGAGAAGAAAAAGGCUCCUCCACCAAAAGCAGUGUCAUCUCUUCAUUUGUUAACUCAAAAGCAAAAAGCCUCCAUUUCUGUCUGGUUUUUCCUUUCCAUAUCAUCCUCAAGAAUUCUUUUCUUCUUCCAAGAGCAAUCACCUUGCCCCACAUCUCACUCAAAGUAUCUCUAUACUCACAAAGAACAUAAAGAAACAAUGAUAAUCAUUGGUGUCAGUGUCAUAUAUAUCAAACCUAACCAGAUACUUCAAGUUAUACUGACAACUCCAUCAAGAAGAAGAAGAAUCAGAAGAAGACGACAAAAAAUUGAGAGUCUGAAAAUCGUAUUUGUUGUGCGUCUGGGAUGGCUAGUUCCAGCGGUACCAAGAAUGAAGGAGGACCGCCGCGAACGCUGUCGAGGAGGAUGACGCGGGCGAUCACACUCGCCACGGAUAAGAACAACGAAAACCUCGUUGACAGUGAGCUCGUUCCCUCCUCUCUCGCUCCCAUUGCCGUAAUUCUUCGCGUUGCCAAUGAAAUCCAGAAGGAUAAUCCAAGAGUCGCCUAUCUUUGCCGUUUCCAUGCAUUUGAGAAGGCUCAUAAGAUGGAUCCAUCAUCAAGCGGACGGGGUGUUCGCCAGUUUAAGACCUACUUGUUACAUAGACUUGAAAAGGAAGAAGAAGAGACAGUGAGAAUGCUUGCAAAUAAUGAUCCGAAAGAAAUUCAGUUGUUUUACCAGAACUUCUAUGAGAAAAAUAUAAAAGAAGGAGCUGAGAAAAAGAAACCGGAAGAGAUGGCUAAAAUUUACCAGAUUGCAACGGUAUUAUAUGAUGCGCUGAGGACAGUGGGAUCUCCAUCCCAUGUAGAUGAUAAGACUCGCAGGUAUGCAGAAGAAGUUGAAAGGAAAAAGGAACAGUAUGAACACUAUAACAUUCUUCCAUUACAUGCAUUUGGGGCUAAAGCAGCAAUUAUGGAACUCCCAGAGAUCAAGGCUGCAUUCAGUGCCGUUCGCAAUGUGAAUAAUCUUCCACCACCUAGGCUUCAUUUGGCAUCAGAUGUACCAGAGUAUGCACAAAAUGAGAAUUAUAAGUCUUUCAAUGACAUACUUGAGUGGCUUGCUGCUAUUUUUGGUUUUCAGAGAGGAAAUGUAGCAAAUCAGAGGGAGCAUCUAAUAUUGCUACUUGCCAAUAUCGAUGUUAGGAAGAGAAAUCUUCAAGAUUAUGAUCAGCUGAAUAGUAGCACCAUAAAAAAGUUGAUGGAUGACAUUUUCAAGAAUUAUCGCUCAUGGUGUAAAUAUUUACGUUGUAAAUCAAUGAUAAGCAUUCCUUCUGGUUGUGAUGGGCAACAGCUCCAGCUUAUCUACAUUGGACUUUAUCUUCUCAUAUGGGGUGAAGCUUCAAAUAUUCGGUUCAUGCCUGAAUGUAUUUGCUACAUUUUCCAUAAUAUGGCAAAAGAGGUCUUUCAAAUUUUAUUUGGCAAUGUGCACUCGGUCACUGGAGACACAUUGUUAACAGCAGCUCCUGAUGAAGAAUCCUUUCUAAGAAAUGUUAUAACCCCCAUCUAUGAGGUUCUACGCAAGGAAGCUAGGAGAAAUAAAGGGGGGAAGGCAAGCCAUUCAAAAUGGAGAAAUUAUGAUGAUCUAAAUGAAUACUUUUGGUCUGAUAAGUGUUUGAAGCUACGGUGGCCCUUGGACAUUGGAGCAGAUUUUUUUAUUCAUUCGGAUGAGAUACCGCUGCCUGAUGAGAGACCUAAUCAAGUCACUUAUGGGAAAAGGAAACCCAAAACUAAUUUUGUUGAAGUCCGAACAUUUUUGCACCUUUUUAGAAGUUUUGAUCGAAUGUGGAUAUUUUUCAUUUUGUGUUUGCAGGCCAUGGUAAUUAUUGCUUGGAAUCCUUCGGGCUCUCUUGCUGCAUUUUUUUAUGAAGAUGUCUUUAAAAGAGUAAUGAGCAUAUUUGUCACUUCAGCUUUUCUUAAUCUUCUGCAAGCGACUCUGGAUAUCAUUCUGAGUUUUAAUGCCUGGAGGAGCUUGAAGUUCUCCCAGGUUCUGCGGUACCUCUUAAAAUUUGCUGUAGCGGCAAUGUGGGCAGUAGUUUUGCCAAUUGGUUACUCUAAGUCUGUGCUGAAUCCUACAGGAAUAGUGAAAUUCUUCAGCAGCUGGGCGGGGGAUUGGCGGAACCAGUCAUUUUAUACUUAUGCUAUUGUAAUUUAUUUGAUGCCAAACAUAUUAGCUGCUUUAGUAUUCUUGCUUCCACCAUUAAGGAGAAUGAUGGAGCGCUCAAACAUGCGGAUUAUCACUCUUAUCAUGUGGUGGGCUCAGCCAAAAUUAUAUGUCGGAAGAGGCAUGCAUGAGGACAUGUUCUCACUUUUGAGGUAUACGCUUUUCUGGAUCAUGCUGCUAAUCAGCAAGCUUGCUUUCAGCUAUUAUGUGGAGAUACUGCCACUAGUUGGACCUACAAAGGUGAUUAUGGGUUUGCACGUUGAUGACUAUCAAUGGCAUGAGUUCUUUCCAAAUGCAACUUACAAUAUUGGAGUUGUCAUUGCAAUAUGGGCUCCAAUUGUGUUGGUCUAUUUUAUGGAUGCCCAAAUAUGGUAUGCUAUAUUUUCCACUCUUUUUGGUGGAAUUCAUGGGGCAUUCAGUCAUUUGGGUGAGAUUCGCACACUUGGAAUGUUACGGUCAAGAUUUGAAUCAGUACCUUCAGCUUUCAGUUGUUCUCUUAUGCCAUUGUCAAAGGAAGAUGGCAAAAGGAAAAACUUGAAUCAUUCAGUGGAACGGAAGAACAUUGCAAACUUUUCUCAGGUGUGGAAUGAGUUCAUAAAGUCUAUGCGAAAUGAGGAUCUGAUUAGUGACAGGGAUAGGGAUUUGUUGCUUGUACCAUCUUCUUCUGGUGAUGUGUCUGUUAUCCAGUGGCCACCUUUCUUGCUUGCUAGCAAGAUUCCUAUUGCAUUAGAUAUGGCAAAAGAUUUUAAGGGGAAGGAGGAUGCUGAUUUGUUUAGGAAGAUUGAAAGUGACAACUAUAUGCAUCAUGCAGUUAUUGAGUGCUAUGAGACAUUAAGGGACAUAAUACACGGUCUUCUUGAAGAUGAAGCAGAUAGAAUGAUUGUAAGGCAGAUUUGUUAUGAAGUAGACUUGAGCAUACAACAGAAUAGAUUCUUAAAUGAAUUUCGGAUGAGUGGGAUGCCUUUGCUGAGUCUUAAAUUGGAGAAGUUUCUGAAUGACCUGCUAGGUGAAUAUGAUGAUGAUGAGACGUACAGGGCUCAGAUAAUCAAUGUUCUCCAGGAUAUUAUGGAAAUUAUCACGAAGGAUGUUAUGGUUAAUGGCCAUGAAAUCUAUGAAAAAGCUCGCAUGCAUGAUCGUGAUACGCAAAAUGACAAGAAAGAACAAAGGUUUGAGAAGAUAAAUAUUUCCAUUAUGGAGAUUGAUUCUUGGAGGGAGAAGGUUGUAAGGCUUCGUUUGCUUUUGACUGUCAAAGAAUCUGCCAUAAAUAUACCCCCAAACUUGGAUGCCCGCCGUCGUAUUACUUUCUUUGCAAACUCCUUAUUUAUGAAUAUGCCAAAAGCACCAAGAGUCCGUGAUAUGCUCUCCUUUAGUGUUCUGACUCCUUAUUACAACGAAGAAGUUCUUUAUUCUGAUGAGGAACUUAAUAGGGAAAAUGAGGAUGGAAUAUCGAUUCUGUUUUAUCUACAGAAAAUAUACCCUGAUGAAUGGACCAAUUUCCAGGAUCGCAUAAAUGAUCCUAAACUUGAGUAUUCUGAGAAAGAGAAGUUAGAGUUCACUCGUCAAUGGGUAUCUUACAGAGGACAAACACUUGCCAGAACAGUGAGAGGAAUGAUGUAUUAUAGACAGGCUCUAGAACUUCAAUGUUCCCAGGAGUCUGAAGCUAUAUCAGGUGACAACCUAAACAUGGAGUCACAUGAGGAUGAACAGGCUUUCAUCAAUCGAGCACGUGCCCUGGCAGAUUUGAAGUUCACAUAUGUUGUCUCUUGUCAGGUCUAUGGCAAGCAGAAAAAGUCGAGUGAUAGUCGUGACCGAAGUUGUUAUAAUAACAUCCUACAACUCAUGCUGCAGUAUCCAUCUCUACGCAUUGCUUAUAUAGACGAAGUAGAGGAGACAGUGAACGGGAAACCUCAGAAAGCUUUUUACUCUGUUCUUCUCAAAGGAGGUGAAAAGUUAGAUGAGGAAAUUUACCGUAUCAAGCUUCCUGGUCCUCCAACAGAGAUUGUGAAGAAGCCUGAAAAUCAGACCAUGCCAUCAUUUCACCCGUGUGAAGCCCUGCAAACCAUAGACAUGAAUCAGUUCUUCUGCAAAGGGAUCAGUUCUGUUACAGGUUGUUUGUUUCAACAUUGUUGUAUUCAGGUCACUGUGCUUACUGUGUAUGUGUUCUUGUAUGGACGUUUGUACAUGGUUAUGAGUGGAUUGGAAAGGGAGAUUCUUCAGAAUCCAAGCAUAAAUCAGAGCAAGGCACUUGAAGAGGCUUUGGCUACCCAGUCAGUUUUUCAGCUUGGCUUCUUGAUGGUUCUGCCUAUGGUUAUGGAAAUUGGCCUGGAGAAAGGAUUCCGAACUGCUCUUGGUGAUUUUAUAAUUAUGCAGCUGCAGCUGGCUUCUGUUUUCUUUACAUUCCAGCUUGGAACAAAAGCACAUUAUUAUGGGAGAACGAUUUUGCAUGGGGGUUCCAAAUAUCGAGCUACUGGCCGUGGAUUUGGUGUUUUCCAUGCAAAAUUUGCUGAAAAUUACAGGCUGUACUCAAGAAGUCACUUUGUGAAGGGGCUGGAGUUAUUGAUACUGUUGGUCUUAUAUGAAGUUUAUGGAGAAUCAUAUCGCAGUUCAAAUCUUUAUUUUUUCAUUACUUUCUCUAUGUGGUUUCUGGUUGGGUCCUGGUUGUUUGCACCUUUUAUAUUCAACCCAUCUGGUUUUGAGUGGCAGAAAACGGUAGAUGAUUGGACAGAUUGGAAAAGGUGGAUGGGAAAUCGAGGUGGUAUUGGGAUCCCAUUGGACAAAAGUUGGGAAUCAUGGUGGGAAGGAGAACAAGAACAUCUCAAACACACAAAUAUAAGAGGAAGGGUGCUUGAGAUAAUUCUUGCAUUUCGCUUCUUCAUUUACCAGUAUGGAAUUGUCUACCACCUUGAUAUUGCUCAUCACGUCAAGAGUUUGCUGGUAUAUGGACUCUCUUGGCUAGUUAUGGUAACUGCUCUUCUUGUGCUAAAGAUGGUAUCAAUGGGCAGAAGAAAAUUUGGAACUGACUUUCAGCUCAUGUUCAGAAUCCUCAAGGCACUUCUGUUCCUUGGCUUCAUGUCAGUGAUGACUGUCUUAUUUGUAGUGUGGGGCCUCACCAUUUCAGAUUUAUUUGCUGCCAUCCUUGCCUUUUUGCCCACAGGAUGGGCCCUUCUUCUUAUUGGGCAAGUAUGCAGACCUUUGUUUAAGAGGCUGGGAUUCUGGGAAUCAACAAAGGAGCUGGGGAGAUUAUACGAGUACAUAAUGGGGUUGGUGCUGUUCAUGCCCAUUGCCAUUUUGUCAUGGUUCCCGUUUGUGUCGGAGUUCCAGACACGCUUGCUGUUCAAUCAAGCAUUCAGCAGAGGCCUCCAGAUUUCCAUGAUUCUGGCAGGAAGGAAAGAUAAACCAACCUCACCUCCUAAGUAGAGCUUCAGGUCUUAAUGUUUUUCUCUGCACUAAAAACCAGUAUUGUAUUUUUUGAAUUAACAGCAUUAGAGUUAGAUUGAUUGAUUUUUCCAUGAAUUGUCCGUAGAAAGAAUUAUGAGCUCAAAACUCCCAGUAAUACACCUCAAAAUUAGUAUUUUAUUUCAUUUUUUUUCCCCAUAGAUUCUGAACUCUAACGACAUGGUAAUAACAUUUAGGAUAUUCUUUCGAACA